CCGAGCUUAAACUGACGGGGGGGGCCCUUGACAUCAUCCCACUUCAAAAAAAGGAAAAGAAAUCUCUUGCUUAGAAACGCCUACAUCUUCUCCGGCAACGCUUUAACCUCCAACCCCGAAAAUGCCGCCUCCGCUCGCCGUACGCUGCACCCACGGAUCCUCGUCUUCGGCUGCGAGACUAUUCGUGCGCUUGCUAUGCGCAUCGUCGUCGCCUAUAGGUAGCAGCAGCAGCAGCACUUCUAUUCUCGAUGUGUUGCUGCCGCCGCGGACCCGGGCUUUCCACCUCGCACGGGACCAAAUCCGUGGUCGGGCGCGGAGUCCUCGGGUCCGGAACGAAAGGAGCGUUAUAUCGCAUGUCCCGUAUAAUACAGCUCGACGAUAUUUUAGCGCAACGGCGCCCUGGCGCAAGACCCAAGUCGUGUAUAAUCCGCAGAAGGACGAGGACGGUAACGAUAUGGUCUUGGAGAUUACACCGCGCGCCGCCAGCAAACUUUCGCAAAUCAUGGUCAAAGACAAAAACCCCAACCUAGCGCUGCGCAUCUCCGUCGAAUCCGGCGGGUGCCACGGGUUCCAAUACCUAAUGUCCCUAACCUCUCUCCCGCCCUCCCUGCCCUCCACCCCGGACUCGACGACAUCCGCGCACCCGCCUCCCGAAACUUCAUCUACCCCUCCCGCCCCCGCCACCCAAGAAGGGCAGAACGCCACCGCCGAAAUCACCCCCUCAACCACCACCAGCGCCGCGCCUUCCGCGCCCAGCAUCGGCGAGGACGAUACCAUCUUCGCCUUUGUGAAAGACGACCCUCCUUCUUCGGAUUCCGAUUCGCCGCCGCCGCCCUCCUCAUCAACCCCGUCCGAGCCGUCUCCGUCUGUCGGCGCCGAAGCAAAGGACUUAACGAGCGCCGCAAUGCCCAAGGUCAUCCUAGACUCGCCGAGCUUGGAGCUGCUGAAGGGGAGCAAGGUGGACUACACGAUGGAGCUGAUUGGGAGCCAGUUUAAGAUCGUGGAUAACCCACUUGCUACAAGCAGUUGCGGCUGCGGCACUAGCUUCGACAUCAAGAUAUAACAUUUCCGCAUUGGGUACUCGGAUGUUUCCCUGUUUGGCCGAGGGUUCUUGUGUAUAUUUAUCUACCAUUAAUAGUUUAUAUUAGAAUAUUUGCAUGAAAGAGGAAAGAUGGGGGGGAUGAGAUCCGCGGAAAUUGGCGGUGGUGUCAUACUUUUCAUUGGGAGACAGUUGUAUAUUCUCUUAUCACGGCAUACAACGAGGGUAGUCCCGCAGAUACGAACAUAGAAUACAUUAAUCAUAUAAAUCACAAUCCCAACUUCUUCUCAGC